GUGUAUUUUUGUAAACCAUGUGCUCUCCUUCACACCUGUCAGUCAUAUAGCACUCAGUGAGCUGCUCUCUUCACACACUACACAACCAAGAAGACUACCAAGAUGAUGUCACGGCUCGUCCUGCUGGCAAACUCUCUUCUCGGGCUCCUGAAUGCAUCCCUCGUGUUUGGAACCAACCUCACGGGUAGACUUCUGGCCAGCGAGGCAUUCAGAAGACAUUUCCACCUACUGCUCUCCACUUUGGUUCUGGUCGGGCCCGUGCUGAGUUUGUGGGUGUCCAAGUACAGCGUCUUUGCAAACGGCAACCACUAUCUUUACAGGAAGUUUCUCAAUUCAACUUGGGGUUGGACGUGCACCCUGACAAGUUCCUUCAUCAUCCUCCUCUCCCUAUCGGCACGUCACCCAGCCUCCCUCUGCCUUCGCCAUCUCUCCCGACUGGGCCUCUCGGGCCUGAUUUGGUGGGGCUGCCAGCGCCUCCUCACCCUGCUGGAGGACGCGGCCGGGACCUGCUACGAGCCCGUCCUCCAUGGCCAGGAGAGCGCUGCCUCUUCUGCACAGCCUCUGCUGCUCCUCCAUGAAGACCAGACCAAAGCGUCGUGCCUGAGCAGCAGAAUGCAAUGGCGGGGCUAUGAAGUCUCCCAGGACGUGCUCAUCCUCUGCUUGUGCUGCCUCUUGCUCGUGGAGGAGCUGUCCGUCUUUGGACGCCACCUCCACCAAAAGGCCCCCGACGGAGCCCCGCUGAGGUUCAUUUUCCUACUGUGUGUGCUUCUUCUCGCCGUCUGGGUGUUCCUGCUCCUGUGUGUGUUGGCGCACUUCCCAAAGUUCCCAGCACAGCAGCUAGGAGGAGCUCUGGGCUAUCUGGGAUGGAGAGGCCUCUAUCAGGGAUGGUUCCGCCUCAAACCGAGUUGGCACUGUCCGGGUCUGCCAGGGGACCAACUUUUAACAACAAAAGUAGAAUAAAAGUCCGGUAGACGUGUAACAGUGUAUCCCAGCAGGCAUGCUACAAUUGUUUUUGACUGACCACAGACUGCAAGAAAUCUUUGUUUUAUUUUGUAAAGUGUUGCAAAAGACAAACAAAAAAAGCUGAGGCGCUCAAUGGCAGUGUAGCCCCUUUUUGUACUUCAUUGACCUGGCAUGGCAGGUUGUCUUAGUAGAUAAGAGCCUUGCAGUCCCCUCGGGGCCUCUUAAUCUUGCCGUAGUUUUUGAUGAUGAUGUCAUGGAGCGCCGCCUACGAGAGGAACGCAAGCAUCAGAGAGAGAGAUGGAGGCAGAAAGGGUAUAUAGAAGAUCUUUGACUAGCUAUAGUCUAUAAUACAUAGCAUCUUUGGCUAAUAUUUUUGCAGUAGGUCCUUUAAAACAGCAAAGCUCUCCUGACAUUUAGAGGAUCUUUGACUAUAGCUAUUUUGCAAUAAAGCAUAGCUCUUUUAUAUAGACUGUAAAAAUCCAAGUCAAAGAUCCUUUAUAACAGUGGUCCCCAACCUUUUUGUAACUGCGGUCCGGUCAACACUUGAAAAUUUGUCCCACGGGGGGGAUUUUUUUUUUUGUCAUAAAGAAAUACAAUCAUGUGUGCUUACGGACUGUAUCCCUGCAGACUGUAUUUAUCUAUAUUGAUAUAUAAUGUAGGAACCAGAAAUAUUAAUAACAAAAAGAAACAACCCUUUUGUGUGAAUGAGUGUAAAUGGGGGAGGGAGGUUUUUUGGGUUGGUGCACUAAUUGUAAAUGUAUCUUGUGUUUUUUUU